AUGGCCCCACGAGCAAGCAAGCGCACGAAGAACGAGCGCGCACCGUCGCCAACGCGCGCGGCCUCGGGAACACUUCCUCAAAGCCGCCUGUUCGCACCCUUCCGCGCGCUGGGAUAUGUGUCCGACCACGUCCCGUUCUCGAUGUUCGUGCACACCCCCAAGGGAGCACUCGCGAAGCCAACAGUGCACGUGGCGACCAGCGUCGGCCGGAGCUGGCUCCUGUGGGAUGCUGAGCGGAUGACGCUUCUGUUUGCCGGACCCGAUGCUGGCGCGCCGAUUGUGAGCCUCGCGCAGACGGGCACGGAGGUGUUUGCGUCCGCGGGUGCGCGGGUGAUCAAGUAUUUCCGUGGAAAGGAGGCCGCCGAGUACCUCUCUCCCAAUGGGGAAGAGCUUGGCCAGAUCUUGCUCUUUGGCGAGCAGAUCCUCGCCCUCAAGGCCGACGGGUCGGGGCUCCUCGUGUGGAACAUUGCGAGCUCGGAGCUGGACAACGAAAUCACGUUCCACUCGAGCUUCACCGCAACGACGGUCAUGCACCCCGCGACGUACCUCAACAAGGUGGUAGUCGGGAGCCAGCAGGGCGAGCUGCAGCUGUGGAAUAUCCGUACUGGAUCGCUCAUCCACACCUUCCCCGCGCCGUCGUCCGCGUCGCCAGUGACGACGAUCGUGCAAGCGCCCGCUCUGGACAUUGUUGGCGUCGGGUACUCGGAUGGCGACAUUCGCGUUCUCGACCUCAAACAUGGCAACCUCGUGAUGCAGAUGCGUAUGGACGAGGGAUCCGUCACCGGCCUGUCGUUCCGCAUGGACGGGACGCCAAUCCUCGCAUCUGCGUCGUCAGCUGGCGCCAUCGCGAUCUGGGACCUGAGCAAGGGUGGGCGGGUGCUGCACACGCGCCGGAGGUCGCACGAGCAGGCGGUGAACGGACUGGAGUGGGUGCAGGGCCAGCCAUUGCUGGUCAGCUCGAGCGCAGACAAUAGUGUUAAGCAAUGGCUCUUCGACUCGCCAACAGCGGAGCCACGGCUGCUGAAGUUGAGGACAGGACACCACGCGCCGCCCUCGUGCAUUCGCUACUACGGAGAAGACGGGAAGCAGAUCCUGACGGCUGGCCGCGACCGCGCGUUGCGGUACACGUCCGUCGUCCGCGACUCAAGAAGCUACGAGCUCUCGCAAGGUUCGUUGAUCAAGAAGGCGAUCGGGCUUGGCGUCUCCGUGGACAACCUCAAAUACCCACCCAUCACUGCAAUGUCCUCCUCUUCAAUCCGGUCGAAGGACUGGGAGGAUGUCCUGACGGCGCACGCUGAAGACGCAUCGGCGCGGACGUGGCGGGUCGCUGACAAGCGUCUGGGGCAAUGGGAGUUUGACGUGGUCGACGGCGACGUGCAGGCCGUGUGUGUGUCAGCAUGCGGUAACUUCGGCCUGGCAGGCUCAUCAACGGGCGAGAUUCGCAUGUGGAACAUGCAAAGCGGCAAGGAGCGGAAGAGCUUUGCGCUCUCUGGUCCUCCUCAGGGGGACAGCAAGCCGAAGGUCAUGCAGCAGGGCAAGAAGAAGGCCAAGAAGGCGGGGAAGAAGACGAUCGAGGCGAUCACGGGCCUGGUUACGGACGCGUUGAACACGGCCGUCGUGGCGAGCACGCUCGAGGGCAAGCUCUACUUCUUCGACUUCCAUACCACCGUGCGUGUGGAGGUGAUGGAGCUGGACAGCUCGAUUACCGCGCUCGAGCUUCAGCGUGACAGCGGCCUGCUCGCUUGUGUGUGCGACGACUUGGUUGUGCGGUUGGUCGACAUCGAAACACGUCGCGUCGUGCGUGAGCUGCGCGGGUUCAAGGGCCGCAUCCUCGACGUUGCUUUCACACCUGACUCGCGCUGGCUCUUAGCCACCUCGCUCGACUCGACGGUGCGCACGUUCGACAUCCCGACUGGCCGGCUCGUCGACGCGUUCCGCGUGCCGUCCAUUGCGACGUCCCUCACCUUCUCGCCAACUGGCGACUUCCUCGCCACCUCGCACGUCGACAGUCUUGGUGUGCAUCUCUGGGCCAACAAGGCGCAGUUCAGCGACAUCGCCCUCCGCCACAUCCCCGAGGACGAGGAUGUGCCCGAGAUCGCCCUGCCAUCCGUGCAAGGGGUCGACGACGCGGCACUGGCUGGCCUUGAGCCCGUGGGCGCACCAGAGUACACGGACGUGUACACGACGCCAGACCAGCUUGCCGAGGGCCUGCUGACCCUGUCGCUCCUCCCCCGCGCGCGCUGGACAACACUCUUGAACCUCGAGACGAUCAAGGCACGCAACAAGCCCAAGGAGCCACCCAAGGCGCCCGAGGCCGCGCCUUUCUUCCUCCCCACCGUAUCUGGCCUUGAGCCUCGCUUCGACAUCGCCGCAGCGCAGACCGAGGACUCGAGCUCGCGCUUCGCCCCUGCUGCCAGCUUCAUGGAGAGCGAGUUUACGCGCCGCCUGGCGCGCGAGGACGAAGGCGGCGACUACGGCGCCUUCUUCGAGUACAUCAAGGCCCUCUCGCCGAGUGCCGUCGACCUCGAGAUCCGCUCGCUCGUGUCGCUCGACCACCUUGGCGCAUUCAUGGGCGCGCUGCUCGGCCGCCUGCGGAGCCACAGGGAUUUUGAGGCCGUUCAGGCUUUCCUGACCGUUUUCCUGACAGUGCACGGCGACGUGCUCAUCGCCAACGCCGAGCUGAGGGGAACACUGGAGCAGCUGGACGCCGCACAGAAGAAGGAGGGCGCGAGGUUGGCCGAGCUGCUGUCGUACUCGCUUGGCACGCUGUCAUUCCUGCGCUCGUAG